UUCGGUUUUUUUUUCACCCGAAGAAGUUUUUUUACCACAUUGUUUUCAGCUUUUGUCUAUCGAAGAUUGCAUAUAGGAUGGUUUAGGGUUUCUGAUUUCCGCCCAAAUCUUCGCUAUGGAUAUAAAAAACUUUUUUCUCAUUUUGCUCUUCAGUAUCUGGUUUCGUUCCUCUCUGUCUGGACAAACGAACUCAAUGGAAUCAGUUCCUGAUCUUCAGAAGUCAAUGUACAUGGCUGUUGAUGGAUACCCUUGUGUUCGGCUAGUCAAUCUUUCCGGAGAGAUUGGUUGCUCAAAUCCCGGUCGAGACAAGGUUGUUUCUCCAAUUAUAAAAUACAAGAACAAUAAAGGGUUGGCUCAGCCAUCUGCAAUUUUGUUGUCAAUGGAUGACGUGCAAGGCUUCUUUAGUAGAGUAUCAAAUGAUUCAAGCUUUGCGAGGAAUGUUGGUGGUGUUUUAGUAGAAUCAGGGGUUGCAAUCCAACAUAAGCAAAAGGGAUUCUCUCCUGCGCAGAAGUUUCCACAAGCUGCUUUUGCACCUUAUCUUAACACAACUUAUGAGUGGAAUCCAAUUGGAUCCGGAAUCAUGUGGAAGUCAUAUAAUUUUCCCGUGUUUUUACUUUCUGAAAGUAGCACGUCUGCCUUGCAAGAAAUUGCUAUGAAGAACGAGAAAGCAGAGAAAGCUUAUACUAAAAAUGUGGCAGAAUUUGAUGUGGUGAUGCAGACAACUAAGGUUGGGACCCAUGACUCAGAAUCUUGUUUGACAGAAGAGACCUGCCUUCCAUUAGGUGGAUACAGUGUUUGGUCAGCAGUCCCGCCAAUUAACAACUCAUCCUCAAAGCAGUCCAAGCCCAUUAUCCUAACAGUGGCUUCUAUGGAUGCUGCAUCAUUUUUUCGGGACAAAAGCCUUGGUGCAGAUUCUCCUAUAUCUGGAGUCAUAUCAUUGCUGGCAGCAGUUGAUGCCCUUUCUCAUGUAGAUGGUUUAGACGACCUUAAGAAACAGCUUGUCUUUCUUGUUUUCACUGGCGAGGCCUGGGGUUACCUUGGUAGCAGGAGAUUUUUACUUGAACUUGAUAAGCAGUCAGAUGCUGUUCAUGGUCUCGAUAGCUCACUGAUUCAGUUGGUCAUGGAAAUUGGGUCAACUGGAAAGGGCUUAAGUCAAGGGAACAAAACCUUUUUUGCUCACACGAAGGUUUCAUCUGGUGCAAAUGAAGCUUUGGAUGCCUUGAAACUAGCUCAAGAGUCCCUUAAAUCUGAAGGUGUUACAGUUUCAAAUGCCAGCUCAUCAAAUCCUGGAAUUCCUCCGUCAUCCUUGAUGGCAUUUCUGAGAAAGAACUCUUCUACUUCUGGGAUUGUGUUAGAGGAUUUUGAUACUGUUUUUGCCAACAAGUUCUUCCAUAGUCAUCUUGAUGAUUCAGGUGAGCUGAUCUGCAUUCUUUUUUGUUUUUCUCUGCUGUAUUCCUUUGUCUUUGCGUUACUCAAACUUGCAGCUACUAUGGGCAUCAUCUAUUUUGCAGCAAAUAUAAACUCUUCAUCGAUAGUUGCAGCUGCAUCUCUUGUUGCCCGGACCCUCUAUCUUCUUGCAAGUGAUAAAAAGGAUUUAACAAAUUCGGCUCUAAGUGCAAUCAAUGUGAAUGCCUCUCUAGUUGAAGAACUAAUUAGUUGCAUGUUGAAAUGUAAUCCUGGUCUGUCAUGCGAGUUGGUUAGCAGCUAUAUUAAGAGCACCAAUACAUGCCCAAACCAUUAUGUUGGUGUUGUUCUUGGAGAACCUUCCUCAACACCUUACCCCGAUCAGGUGGAUGACGUUUCAAGGUUUGUGUGGAACUUUCUGGCCGAUAGAACAUCAACUCCAAAGGGCAAUACUUCUGUUUGCUCAGAGGAUUGUGCAAAAAAUGGCGGACUGUGCAUUAGAGCAGAACUCGAUGGAAAAGGUGUUUGUGUUGUCUCCACAACCAGGUACGUCCCGGCAUAUUCAACUCGCUUGAAGUUUGACUCUGGAACUUGGAAAGUGCUGCCACCGAACUCCUCCGAUCCCAUGGGGAUGCUGGACCCUGUUUGGACAGAGAGCAAUUGGAAUACGAUCGGUCUCCGGGUCUACACCAUACAGGAAGCUGCAUAUGAUCGACUGGUUCUGCUUGGAGGUAUAACUGUCACGGUAUUUGCUUAUUUAGCAAUAGUACUUACAAGAGCCUACAUAACAAAGGCCUUGAAGCAAGAUUGACAAACGAAAUUAAAAUUAAAGUCCUACAAAUUUUUUAGAAAACAUCCUCAGAUUAUUGGCACCAAAUGUUAAGUAUGAUAAUUGAUGAUGGUAUUGCUUAAUUUAGUUGUCUGUUUAAAAUUUUUUAA